AUGCCUAAGUUGACCAUCGAUGAUGUUGAUGUGGCCGGCAAGCGCAUCUUCAUGCGCGUGGACUUCAACGUGCCUCAGGACAAGGCCGAUCCCAGCAAGAUCACCAACACCCAACGUAUUGAUGGUGCCUUGCCCACCAUCAAGAAGGUCUUGGACAAGGGCGCCAAGGCAGUUGUGUUGGCAUCCCACCUGGGCCGACCCGAUGGCAGCGUAGUUGCGAAGUUCUCCAUGGCACCAGUUGCAAAGGUGCUCGAGGAGAAACUGGGCAAACCCGUGAUCUUCUGCAAAGACUGCGUCGGGGCCGAGGUUGAGGCAACUUGUGCAGACCCUGCACCGGGCAGCGUCAUCCUGUUGGAGAACUUGCGAUUCCAUGUGGAGGAAGAAGGCAAGGGCGUGGAUGCCGAAGGAAACAAGAUCAAGGCAGAGAAGGACAAGGUCGCUGCCUUCCGUGCCUCCAUCAGGAAACUGGCGGACGUGUACUGCAACGAUGCCUUCGGCACUGCUCACCGUGCUCACAGCUCCAUGGUCGGGGAGGGGUUCGAAGUGAAGUGCGCCGGUGACUUGAUGGGCAAGGAGCUGAGCGCUUUCGCCAAGGUCUUGGAGACUCCGGCCAAGCCGGUACUGGCCAUUCUCGGUGGUGCCAAGGUCAGCGACAAAAUCCAGCUGAUCAUGAACAUGCUUGACAAGGUGAACAUGAUGAUCAUUGGCGGCGGCAUGGCAUACACCUUUUUGAAGAUCAAGGAUGGCAUGACCAUCGGCAGCUCCCUCUAUGAUGAAGAGGGCGCCAAGAUUGUCCCUGACAUUUUGGCCAAGGCUGAGAAGCUUGGCGUUAAGAUCAUUCUGCCAGUGGACUUCACUUGCUCCUCCAAGUUCGGAGAGGAUGGCGAAAUCAAAGAAGGUGUCACAAAGGAGACAGGUAUCCCAGAGGGCUUCAUGGGCUUGGACUGCGGACCGAAGUCUAUUGAGGAGAAUGCCCAGGCAGUCAAGGAAAGCAAGACCAUCAUUUGGAAUGGCCCCAUGGGUGUCUUUGAGAUGUCCAAGUUCGAGACCGGCACGAAGAAGCUGAUGGACGCGGUCGUUGAGGCCACUGGCGCGGGCACUGUCACUGUCAUCGGAGGUGGUGACACUGCCACAGCUUGCAAGAAGUACGGCACUGAAGACAAGGUGACUCACUGCAGCACUGGCGGAGGUGCCUCCUUGGAGCUCUUGGAGGGUAAGGAGCUCCCUGGUGUUGCAGCCCUUAACGACAAGUGA